AUGAAUGUCGAUUUAUUAAAUCCAGAUCCAGUUGAAGAAUCAAAGAAACAUAAAUUAAAGAGAUUAAUUCCAACUCCUAAUUCUUAUUUUAUGGAUGUUAAAUGCCCAGGAUGUCUCCAAAUUACAACUUUAUUUAGUCACGCACAAAAUGUUGUUUUGUGUGGAAGCUGUAACAUUAUGUUGUGCCAACCAACCGGUGGAAAAUGUAAAUUGACUGAAGGUUGCUCCUUUAGGAAAAAAAUUGAAUAA